AUGGGAAUAGGAGAGCUUAAACCUACCGAGAUGAUCUUGAAAUUAGCGGAUCGUUCUACUAUCCCUCUAGUUGGCUACAUUGAGGACAUACCCGUCAAGAUAGAAGGGAUAUAUAUCACGACUGAUUUCGUGGUGGUUGACAUAGAGGAGGACCAUGAUGUCCCUAUAGUCUUAGGACGACCCUUCCUAGCUACUGCAGGUGCUAUAAUAGAUGUUCAGAGUGGUAGGAUAGUUUUUCAAUUGCAAGCAAAAAGAGGAAAUCCAAGAAGGUUGUAUCAGAAGCUGUUGAAGAAUCUAAACCAAAGCCUAAGAAGCAGAAAAAAAUCCAAGAAAUCCCCUAAGCUAAAUUUUAUUGAAUCUACUCUACCUGAGAUUCAAGAGGAGGUUGCUGAUUUAGGACCUGUUGAGGUUCUAAGUACAAGAACAAGAGGUGGUUCUUCAGGAGCUGCUUCUCAACCAAAGCCUAAAGUUCAUAAGAAGGGUAAGAAGCAGAUAAGGAAGUUAAAGAUGUCCAAGUAUACAUAG